AUGGGAUUGUGGGAAGUUUUUCUUAAUUGGCUUCGCAGCCUAUUCUUCAAGCAGGAGAUGGAGUUAUCUCUGAUAGGACUUCAGAAUGCUGGAAAGACUUCCCUUGUAAAUGUAGUUGCUACUGGUGGCUAUAGUGAGGACAUGAUUCCUACCGUGGGAUUCAAUAUGAGGAAAGUAACAAAAGGGAAUGUUACAAUAAAAUUAUGGGAUCUUGGAGGACAGCCUAGGUUCCGCAGCAUGUGGGAACGUUACUGUCGUGCAGUUUCUGCUAUUGUUUAUGUUGUUGAUGCUGCCGAUGCAGAUAACCUUAGCAUAUCAAGAAGUGAGCUUCAUGAUUUGCUGAGCAAACCAUCAUUGAGUGGCAUUCCUUUGUUGGUAUUGGGGAACAAGAUUGACAAACCGAGCGCUCUGUCUAAACAAGCAUUGACUGACCAAAUGGAUUUGAAGUCAAUCACUGACAGGGAAGUUUGCUGCUUCAUGAUCUCGUGCAAAAACUCGACCAACAUUGACUCUGUUAUCGACUGGCUUGUAAAGCAUUCCAAAUCAAAGAGCUGA